AUGGCAAAAAAUCUUAUCAAGGUUCCACUUAUGAUACCUUCGUGGAAAAGUAAGAUAAAAUUCCCUCAAAGAUUCAAAGGCACUAUAGUAGAAAAAUGGGCUGACUAUUGGAAGAACUUAUUUAUUGAUUAUCGCCAAAUGUUGCAAGAUCUCAGAAGUGAUAUCCAAGAUAACCCAACUAAAGCUAUGAAAUAUACUGUUGGCAUUAUGACAGUUUGUUGUUUAAUGAAAAAGAAUCCAAAUGAAAUUGAUUUCAAAGAUGAAUUAAAGCAAAUUAAUAAUGAAAUUGUUAUGGUUAGCAGUGCUUGUUUAAAUGAAAAUGCAGCACAACAUCUUCAAUUUCUAAAUACUUGUUACAAUCAAGGUGCACUACACUACAGAAGUUUGGGAAUUGCAUCUAUAAUGUACACAUCCGAUUUAAAUAGCUCCUGUGACCUGUACAAAGCACACUGUUCAUAUGUGCAACCUACAUAUCUCAGCUUUUUAUCAAGAAUAGUUGAUGUAGGCAUUGGUGGCAGAUGGUGGAACCUAUUUAUAAAGACUACUAAUUAUGAUGUGAAGUCUUAG